CAGGGGAGGGUCAGAGAGAAAGGGAGAGAGGGAGAGAAUCCCAGGCAGGCUCUGAGCAGAGCCGGACCUGGGGCUUGAUCUCACCAAUUGUGAGGUCAUGACCUCAACUGUGAUCAAGAGUCACCCGCUUAACCCACUGAGCCACCCAGGCACCCCAGUUACUAUUAUAUUUUUAAUUUCAACAAUCAAAUAUUUGUGGAAAUGUGUUUUUUGUCUUGUUAUGUAAGUACCUACAUAAUGGUCCCGAUUUCACCUGUGAGCUUCCCCAAACCCAAAUGUUUCCUCUCUGCCCUUUACAGAAGGAGUUUCCCCAACCUAGGUGGUCCACAUUGGACCACUACAGUUUUUCAGACAAUGGUAAAACUUAAAGGACAGGAGUUGCGCAGACCCGAAAGUAAUGGCAAGACCCUCAGGCCUCAAAGAACAAACAGGGACGUAAGUGGGAGCAACCCCUAGGGGCCUCGGUCAUUCAUUGGACGCCGAGCACGUCACUCUUUGCGUCUGGACGAAUGAGGGUGGAGCUCAAGAGGAGGGCACGUGGCCCAUUGUUGACGCCUCUGGCCCCGCCCACCGUCCUCCGGCGGGUGGAUUCUCACCGGCCGUGGCCAGCGUCGCCCGAGGGGAGGCCUGGGUGGGCCGCUCCCCACAACCGCCCCCUGCCCUUCCCGUCCGGGGCCUCCUCGGGCACCGCCACCGACUGCUGUCCCCCUCGGCGGCCACCUCACGCCGGGCCCCGUUGCCCUCGGCCUCCUGUCGGCGGCAGCGGGCUAGGCGGCCACCACCUUCGCCUCCGGCGUCGCCGCAGCCCUGUCUGUCGCCUCCCCGGUGAGGUACUCCCUGGUGCCAUGUCCGCCUCCGGAGAUGGAGGCCAGGAUCCGGGGGGCCAGGAGAGCCCCAUGGAUGAGGAUGAGGCGGGGGCCCCGGCGGCCGGAGGGGGCAACGAGGUGGCCGGCGGCGAGGCGGGGGCCGGCAGUGAUGGAGUAGCCAGGGGCGAUGAGGUGGCCGCUGGAGACGAAGCGGUCGGUGGCGACGGGGUGGCCGGAGACAGAGAACAGGUGGCUGGAGACGGAGAGGCAGUGGCCGGAGAUGGAGACUGGGAGGCCGGAGACGAGGACAGAGUGGCGGGCGGAGAUCGGGUGGCCGGAGAUGGAGACUGGGAGGCCGAAGACGAAGACAGAGUGGCCGGCGGGGAUUGGGUGGUUGAGGGUGGAGUGGCCGGCGGAGAAUGGGUGGCCGGAGAUGGAGACUGGGAGGCCGGAGACGAAGACAGAGUGGCCGGCGGGGAUUGGGUGGUUGAGGGUGGAGUGGCCGGCGGAGAAUGGGUGGCCGGAGGUGGAGACGGAGCGGCCGGCGGAAACUGGGGGGCCGGAGAUGGAGAGGCCGGCGGAGACGGGGUGGCCGGAAACGAAGAGGCCGGCGGAGACUGGGUGGUCGGAGCAGGAGUGGCCGGUGGAAACGAGGUGGCCAGAGGUGGAGACGGAGGGGCCGGAGGCGGAGACGGAGGGGCCGGAGGCGGAGGCGGAGAUGGAGACGGAGACGGAGGGGCCGGAGGCGGAGACGUGGUGGCCAUGGGCAACAGAGUGGCCGGAGGCGGAGUGGCCGGAGGCGGAGAUGGAGUGGCUGGAGACGGAGUGGUUGGUGGUGGAGACAUGAUGGCCAUGGGCGACAGAGCGGCCGGCGGCGGAGACGGAGCGGCCGAUGGCGGAGACGGAGUGGCCGGUGGUGGAGACAUGAUGGCCAUGGGCAACAGAGUGGCCGGCGGCGGAGACGGAGCGGCCAAUGGCGGAGACGGAGCGGCCGCGGCCGGUGGCGGAGACGGAGCGGCCGGGGACUCCGGGCCCCACCCUGCCGAGGCUGCCGUUUUGGCCGCGCCUGCGGAAGGCCUCGGGGAGGAGGCGGUGGGCCCCGAGGGCGGGAACGCCUUCGAGGCCGGCGAGGACUCGGACUUCGGGCCGGCAGACGAGGACGAGGCGGAAGAGCCGGAGGCCGCCGGGGACGUAAUUGUGGACGCCCACCAUUUCCCAAUGGUGGGCUUCCGCUUUACGUUCAUGGACCUGGUGCAUUCACUGCUACACCUCGUCCACUACAACAACCACAUCCUCGUGCGGUCCCGGCCUCUGCAGCUCAACGUUCCCCCUGCGCCCCCAGCGGCGACCGCGGCCCACGAGGCCCAGGGCUCGUCGGCGUCGGCGGCGUCGUCGUCGUCGUCGUCGGAGGCUACCUGGGAGACCGCGGAGGAGCCUGACAAGGAGGAGCCGGCGGCCACUGAGGGAACGACAAACUAUCAGCAGGAAAACUCUGAUAAGGAGGCGCAGGUCUCGGAGAGCGGGGAAGAAGAGACGUUUAACAAACAACAAGAAGGAUCUCACUGAAAAGCAUUUGGACCCACCACAGAACAGGCCCAAAAAAUCCAGCUGGGAGGAACAAAAGGAGAUGAAGAAAGAAGAAAGAACCUGUUCAUUGUUUCUGGUUUCUCAUUUUCUAGAAGCGCAUGGGAAUUUUAUUAACACUGACGUCAUUCCAAACCGCAUCCCCCCAAAGAGUGAUAUCCAAUGAAAUCUGCCUUUUCUGUUACACUUGACAGAUACGUUUGACAGCAUGUGUUCUCAUCAAAAAUAAGUUUGUUUUAAAGUAAUAAACUGGAAGGAAGGCAGAUUUUAUUUAGAGAAAUCAUUUUAACUCCAAUCUCUCUUUUACCUCUUUGUUUUGACACACCAUGCCUUCAUUAAAAGGUAUCACUGCCUACCA